GCGGGCUCGGCUGCCUGCGCCGGAAGUGAGUGGCUGGCGGCGGGCGGGGGGCUGGGGGCAGCGAGCGGCCGGGCGCGAGUCGGUCCGCCCGUCGGCCGCCCGUCCCUCAGCCCCGCCUUCUGCGUCUCAGCCGGACGCGGCGGCACUCGGAUCCGCCACCGCCGCCGCGCGCUCCGCCCCGCCCCCGCCGCCGCCGCCGCCCGGUCGGUCGGUCGGUCAGUCAGUCAGUCAGGGAGCGCGCGGCGUCUCCGGGGAAGGAGCGCCGCGCCGGCUGGACGAGCGCGAGCGGCGGCUGCCCAGCCCGGGGCCGCUCCGGAGCCGGGCCCGCCGGGGGACCGGGCCGUUGCCGCGAUGGAACAGCUAUCAGAUGAAGAAAUUGACCAUGGUGCUGAAGAAGACAGUGACAAGGAAGAUCAGGAUCUGGACAAAAUGUUUGGAGCCUGGCUAGGGGAGCUAGACAAACUCACUCAGAGUUUGGAUUCUGACAAGCCCACGGAACCAAUAAAAAGAUCUCCUCUUCACCAGGAAACAAACAUGGCCAAUUUUUCUUAUCGUUUCUCCAUAUACAACUUGAAUGAAGCUCUGAAUCAGGGAGAAACUGUGGAUCUGGAUGCCCUAAUGGCCGAUCUUUGCUCAAUAGAGCAGGAGCUCAGCAGUAUUGGUGCAGGAAAUAGUAAACGUCAAAUCACAGAAACAAAAGCCACUCAGAAGUUACCUGCUAGCCGACAUACAUCAAAACAUGGCACCUUGAAAGGACUGUCUUCUUCAUCUAAUAGGAUAACUAAACCGUCUCAUGCCAACUACUCCCUGGAUGACAUCACUGCACAAUUAGAACAGGCCUCCCUGAGCAUGGAUGAGGCUGCUCAGCAAUCUGUACUAGAAGAUACUAAGCCCUUAGUAACUAAUCAGCACAGGAGAACAGCAUCAGCGGGCACAGUGAGUGAUGCUGAAGUACGCUCUAUUAGUAACUCCUCUCGUUCAAGCAUCACUUCUGCAGCCUCCAGCAUGGACUCUUUGGAUAUCGAUAAAGUAACACGCCCUCAAGAACUGGAUUUGACGCAUCAGGGACAGCCAAUUACUGAGCAUGGUAUUUCUCUGAGAUGUCCCAGCAAGCAGGCCAAGCGUCAUAUUGACUUCACAGAAGAGCAGGCUGAGCUGACACCUCACUCCUAUCUGGACAGGGAAACCUCCCUUCUUCUGAGAAACAUUGCAGGAAAACCUUCUCAUUUGCUGACCAAGGAAGAACAGGCAGCAAAAUUGAAAGCUGAGAAGAUCAGAGUUGCCCUAGAGAAAAUUAAAGAGGCACAAGUGAAAAAGCUGGUGAUUAGAGUCCACAUGUCUGACGAUAGUUCUAAAACAAUGAUGGUGGAUGAGAGGCAGACAGUGAGACAAGUGCUGGAUAACCUGAUGGACAAAUCCCACUGUGGUUAUAGUUUAGACUGGUCUCUGGUGGAAACUAUCUCUGAAUUACAAAUGGAGAGAAUCUUUGAAGACCAUGAAAACUUGGUUGAAAAUCUUCUUAAUUGGACAAGAGAUAGCCAAAACAAGCUUAUAUUUAUGGAGCGUAUAGAAAAAUAUGCACUUUUUAAAAACCCACAGAAUUACCUUCUGGGGAGAAAGGAAACAGCUGAGAUGGCAGAUAGAAACAAAGAAGUGCUGUUGGAGGAGUGUUUUUGUGGAAGUUCUGUAACUGUACCAGAGAUUGAAGGAGUCCUUUGGUUGAAAGAUGAUGGUAAGAAGUCCUGGAAAAAGCGUUAUUUUCUCUUGCGAGCAUCUGGUAUCUACUAUGUCCCUAAAGGAAAAGCAAAGGUCUCUCGGGAUCUGGUGUGCUUUCUGCAGCUGGAUCAUGUUAAUGUUUACUAUGGACAGGACUAUCGGAAUAAAUACAAAGCACCUACGGACUAUUGUCUGGCGCUCAAGCACCCACAGAUCCAGAAGAAAUCUCAGUACAUCAAAUACCUUUGUUGUGAUGAUGUGAGAACCCUGCACCAGUGGGUCAAUGGGAUCCGCAUCGCAAAGUACGGGAAGCAGCUCUACAUGAACUAUCAAGAAGCCGUGAAGAGGACAGAAUCGGCUUAUGAUUGGACUUCCUUAUCCAGCUCCAGCAUUAAAUCAGGAUCCAGUUCUUCCAGUAUCCCAGAGUCUCAGUCCAAUCACUCCAAUCAGUCUGAUAGUGGAGUGUCUGAUACCCAGCCGGCAGGACACGCCCGUUCCCAGAGCAUCGUGAGCUCCAUCUUCUCCGAGGCCUGGAAGCGAGGCACGCAGCUGGAAGAGUCCAGCAAGGCCAGAAUGGAGUCUAUGAAUCGACCCUACACUUCACUCAUGCCCCCUUUAUCCCCACAGCCUAAGCUAGUCACCCCCUACACUGCCUCACAGCCUUCACCGCCCCUCCCACCCCCACCCCCGCCCCCGCCCCCGCCCCCUCCACCGCCCCCUCCACCGCCCCCUCCCCUGCCCAGCCAGUCUGCACCUUCUGCAGGCUCAGCAGCCACGAUGUUUGUCAAGUACAGCACAAUAACCAGGCUGCAGAACGCCUCUCAGCAUUCAGGAGCCCUGUUUAAGCCUCCCCCGCCAUCAGGGAUGCAGCCUCUGUCCUCCACCUCACAGUCAGUGAAGCCCCAGAUCCUGGUGCCCCCCAACGGAGUUGUUCCCCCACCGCCCCCCCCUCCCCCCCCUCCCACCCCCGGCUCGGCUAUGGCCCAGCUGAAACCCGCCCCUUGCGCCCCAUCGCUGCCGCAGUUCAGCCCUCCGCCUCCUCCACUUAAGAUCCAUCACGUUCAGCACAGCACUCAAGCAGCUUCUCCAGCGACCCCACCACCUCCUCCCAUCCCUGCACCCCUCCCUCCCCAGGCUCCACCCAAACCCCUUGUGACCUUGCCCCCACCAGCCAGCACCAAGACUGUGCCGCCCGCUGUGACACAAGCUCUGCCCCCUACACCUACUCCUCCAGUCCCCCCAGUAAAGAAGCAGCCAGCUCUUCCUGUGUCUCAUGUUCCACCCUCUCCCCCUGCUCCUCCUGGGCCCAUCCCCCCGCCCACGUUACCCAAGCAGCAGAGCUUCUGUGUAAAACCCCCGCCCUCUCCGCUGUCUCCAGUGCCCUCCGUGGUGAAGCAGAUAGCCAGCCAGUUCCCCCCGCCUCCGACCCCGCCUCCCGCGGAGGCGCCACCCUUAAAGGCCGCCUCCGCCUCGGCAAACGUCGCCCCUCAGUCCCCGCCUGCUGUGAAGGCGAAACCCAAGUGGCAGCCCAGCUCCAUGCCUGUCCCUUCUCCGGACUUCCCUCCGCCUCCCCCCGAGAGCAGCCUGGUGUUUCCUCCUCCUCCUCCGCCGCCGCCGCCGCCACCGGCCCCAGCGCCGCCGCCGGCCACACCCACAGCUGCUCCUGCCCCUGACAAAAGUGGAUCUCCGGGCAGAAAGACCAGUAAGACGUCCAGCCCCGGGGCAAAGAAGCCGCCUCCGACCCCGCAGCGCAACUCCAGCAUUAAGUCCAGCAGUUGUGCAGAGCCCCCUGAGCCCAAGAGACCCUCAGUAGACAGUCUAGUCAGCAAGUUCGCGUCGCCAGCAGAACCCUCGGUGUCUCCGGGCAAGGAGACCCCACCCCCUCCUGCAGCGCCCCCAAAACCUGGAAAACUCAACCUUUCCGGAGUCAACCUUCCCGGAGUUAUCCAGCAAGGGUGUGUGUCGGCAAAAGCAUCUGUCCUGAGUGGGCGUGGCAAGGACUCCGUGGUGGAGUUCCCGUCUCCUCCGUCUGACUCUGACUUUCCACCUCCUCCGCCGGAAACAGAGCUUCCUCUCCCCCCCAUAGACAUUCCAGCAGUAUUCUCGGGAAGCACCUCUCCAAGAGUGGCAGUUGUUAAUCCGCAACCACAGCUGUGGUCCAAAACGUCGGUGAAGAAGGCCCCUCCGCCCACACGACCCAAACGGAACGAUAGCACCCGCCUCACUCAAGCCGAGAUCGCCGAGCAGCCGGCAAUGGCCACAGUUGUGCCACAAGUGCCCACCUCUCCCAAAUCCAGCCUUAGUGUCCAGCCUGGAUUCCUGGCUGACCUCAACCGGACCCUACAACGGAAGUCCGUCACCCGGCAUGGCUCGCUCUCUUCCUCCCGCGUGUCCCGAGCAGAACCCACCGCCACCAUGGAUGAUAUGGCACUGCCCCCGCCACCACCCGAACUGCUGUCUGAUCAACAGAGGGCCGGUUACGGAGGCAGCCAUGUAUCAGGCUAUGCCACGCUGAGGAGGGGACCGCCUCCCGCUCCCCCCAAAAGAGACCAGAACACCAAGCUCUCAAGAGAUUGGUAGUUACCGCAGGACUUUAUUUUCGUGGAGUGUGUAAUCAGUUCUACAAUCAGCUCACCUGACCAUCUGUGAAUUCAGGUGUUCAGAGCCUCCUGGUAUGAUGACGUUAUUCAGGGAGUGUUCAGCUCUAUGAGUGUGUGUACAUGUGCAGGUACACACAUAGCUAUACAUACAUAGGUAGUGCGUGUAUGUAUAUGUGUAUACAUAUAUGUAUAUGUAUAUAUAUAGCUGAAAGUGCUUCUAUUUAUUCUUUUUCUCUCCUAAUCUGACAAUGGGUUUUGUGUAUUUUGGUUGGAGCGGCAUGGAAGGGGAUGUGUGUCCUGUCCCUUAUGAUUUCUACUGUCUAUCAUGUGGAUUGGACCAAAAACUUAUGAUUUAUUUAGAAGGUAUUUUAUAAAUGUCCAUGUGCGGCCUAUCUGUGCAUGUUGUGUAUUAUAUAUUAAGGAUAGAUGUAUAAUGUGCUACUUCUCAGUUUGAGAAGAGAACCGGAAUGUUCGGUGUAUCUGUGGGGCUUUUGUUUUUUCCCCAGUUGGCUGAAGUUAGAACUGCUUGACUGACACGUCAUUGCUAUAAAAGGGGCACUUUAAUCAGGAAAACCUCUCAGCUUCAUAGAACGGGUAAUAGUGCAGUGUGGGGAAAUUUUGAGACACUAUCUGUACGUGGUUGUGCAUAGAAAUAAGUAAAUACAUGGUGUAACCAAACCAUUCUAGUUGCAGUACUGUUGCCAUGAUCCCACCGGAGUCUAGGAUGUGUUUUGUCACAGAUAAGCUCUUUGCCUGUAAUACAUGGAUAAUUUAGUGCUAUAAUCCUGCAUAGUUCUUUUUGUACUGUUGGGAUCCUUUCAUGAGCUUGUGAAGCUUCGUCAAGUGUGGCUUCAUGAUGCUUGCUUUGACUUAUUGUAAGAGAAUAUCCAACACAGUACCCUUGGAAUGAUCUGUCCCAGUGUAUCUCUGGGUCACUGGUUACCUCCUUGUAGUGUGUGCUGUAGGUAGAUGUUGAUGUUAGGCAUCUGUAGACAACUGCUAUAUCAGAUAUACACAUCCCUUGUCCAAUAUGUUGCAUCAUUAUGAAAAACAAGAUCACCUUCUGAAAUGCGUCUUUUUGUGUAUUGCUCUCUAGAAGGAUGAUUAGAAAAGAGAACAAAACUGGCCCCUGUGCAGCUGUCAUUAAUCAGGUUUUUUGUGGCUAGUAAUGUGAAAUACAAAGAAUUCAUUUAAGUGUGGGACUAUCAUAGAGGGAGGGGCAGAAAAUGAGUUUGUUGACGGUUGCAUCCAUAGCGACUGGAGCACACUAGGGUCCUUGUUUGUUGUAGAGAUUUGUCCUGCUUACCAGGUGUUCUGAUGGAAUCGUGUACUCCAAGUACAGUAAGUGACAUUACAUAUUAUGCAUAUGCAGUUGGUAUAACAUGGAAUCUUUGCUUUAAUGACACUAUAAUUCUGUUUGCUUCACAUUACACUUCUGGAUGCUUUUUUUCCGUGUGAAUUUUCCUUGGUAUAUGAGAGAAAUGUGUACUGGCUCAUCGAUUUGCAAUGAUAAAUUGACCGUUAGGUCAAUCUCAGAACUGCUCUUAAACCAGAGAAUGAAAACUAGGCACCCCUCCCGCCCGCAGCAGUGAUAAAUAAGCACACCGUGUAACGCAAGUCUGUGCCUGUUGUGAACAGGGAUCACCAGUGCAAACUACAGAAAUCUUUGACACUAUCCAUCCCAUAAGGAAAAAUCGAUGCCACUACAGUGGGACAGAGAGAGUAAUUCAAGAAUGAGCAGAGCUGUACUGUGUACGCAGGAUUUCCCUGUAACCCACUUUCCAGCAAAGCACUGCAUCAGAGAGAAUAAGUGGCACCCUGCCCCCCCCCACGUUCUCACCUCUCCAAGAGGUGACACUAUACUCUUGUGUUUAUAGAGCAAUAAGAAUAUAUACCAUUGUGCAUUUGUUACAGCUCUGCUUCUUUAAAAGAUACUUCUAGAUCUUUUCAGUUCAGUUUUGUGUUUGAUAUUUUUAUGCUUAUGAAGUGACCUUUAACACAUCUGCAUUGUUAAUUUAAGCAUGCACAGCAAUUUGAGUAACAUUUGAGUAAGACUGCCAAGCUCCACUGUGACUCAUCAGUGAUUUCCUGUAGUCUUCUGCCUGCAGCUUUAUAGUCCAAGGAUCACCCUUAUUUGUGGGAUCAGGAGUUUUUAAGAAUAUGAAUCCAAUGAUAUACAUAUUCAUCACUAGGGUUUUCUGUUGUGGUGGUGGUCUUUUUUUAUAUGAAGGUGGACAAUUUCAAGUUUCCCUGAGGGAAAAAGUCAUGUGCCCCCAGCCUUUUUUUUCAGUGGGGGAUUUCCUGGGCCUUUUUACUGUGUCAGUUCCCAGUGGUAGCCAUCCUGAACUGACGCUUCUAGUGUAUCAUUUUCCUGAAAGAGCAGACAUCCUUUAGAACACUAGGGAUGCCAAGAAGAACAGGCCCAGAGGAGGAACUGUAUCAUCUUUACCCCAGUCAUCAGUGGCUUGACUGUUUGACAAGCUGUUUCCCUUAACAUUUCUCCAGACAGAAAAGGCGGUUAAUCACCUUUUUUUCCUCUUUGUGUGAAAACAACUGAAUCAAAAAAACCAAAAUCAUACUUUAGAUAUAUUUCUAGUGUUUUACUCCCUAGUGGGUUUUUUUUUUUUUUUUUUAAUUUGGAAUUUUGUUGGGAUGUGGGGUUUUUUGGGGGGUGGGGGGGUGUGUGGAGACUACUGUUAUUUUUGUACUGUUGUUCUUGCCUGGUGUGUUUAAGGAAAACACCUACUGCCAGAUGACGCUAGUACUGUGCCUUCUUUCACUGCCUUCUGCUCAGCAGCUCUAACUCAGCAAAGCUUCUUCAGGUCAAGGAAGAAAAUCUUUGUCAGUUGGCUUGGCUGUACCAAAAAAUGAACAGCACAGAUGAACUCAUGCUGCUGUUGAGGGCAGUGCAAACAGGUGCCUAUUAGAGCUAGUGAUUUGCUUAAUUAGUUACACCCUUUUACCACAGAAUUUCAAAAUUGUUUCCUAUGCUUAAAGUUUUGGCACCAACUCUAAAGGGCAGCAAAGCCUCUUCUGUUAAUAAAACAAGUACAUCAGGUUCAUCAUGUAAAUGUUAGAUUGUUCUGUACUGAAGCUUGGCUUUUACUGCUCAGAUAUAUAUAUAUAUUUUUUUUUCUUUAGCUGCUACAGAAUUAUACUCUUGGAAAAAGUAACUACUCUUAAGGUUUCCAGGUACCCACUUAAGUGUAAAUUGGAUUUUUUUAAUUUCUGGGGCUUUUUAAGAUAAGAUUGCUGGCUUCAGAAAAGUUACAGGGAACAUCUCAAAGUAAUGUAGACACGCUGAUGUUUCGCAGUCCUCUGACAUCAAGGUGCUCCUGCCCACCGAUGGCAUAUCCCGUUGAGGGGCUGCGAACUGUCCUGGAAGGCCCCUCUGUGUAACUUAAUGUGCCACUGAAAGCAGUCCUGAGUUUAUCAAGAAAGUUAAUCUAAACAAAAUUGGGGGACCAUAAGGAAUAACUCCAAUAGAGUAACAACUCUGAGGUCAAGGUUAAUAGGAGCAGUGCAUUCAACUAGAGUUUCAGAAGCUGCUAUUCUGGGAGAAUACAACUGCUAAUAAGCUCAUGUCAAGGAUGUAAGGCUACGAUUAGCCUGAAAAAAUACUUCAGGUAAUGGUAGGAUUGGUUUGAUUUGACUAUCAGGCCACCAACAGAACCCUCUUUCACUUUUUUUUCACUCAGCUAAAAGCAAUUUUAUGUUACAAACACAAGGUGAUUUUAAACAAGUAAAAACCCUUUUAGCCUAGUUUUAUAUAUUACCAAACUUUUUCAUAUAGUUUUCACAGUUAGCUUCAGAGAUAGAUAAAUUAUAAUUUAUGUAAUCUCACAGAUUUUAAGUUCAGACCAGUUAAAACUGUAUGACCCUGUGUGGUUAUAGGUGUAAUGACUUGCUUUAAAUAACAUAGGUUUCGUAAUUUGGAUGUAUACUUAUACUUGAUAAGAGGACAUCUAUUUCUAAAAAAUGACUUUAGGUUGCAAGUUCCUUUUGCCUCUUGGCGUUUGUUUUACACACUGUACAUCAUUUGCAUAAAGCAAGUUAUUCCUAACCCUAUAUGAAUAUGUGACCACUCACAAAGUUGAGAUUUAACCCAGGGAGAGAUGCAAGUAGUACAGAAUUAAGUAUCCCAGUAUCUUUCAAGAUUUAUUUUCCUUUAAAAAUUGAAUAGAAGAUCAUUGGUAACUCUUUACCGGUCUCCCUCACACUAAACAAGUGCUCGGUUCUUAAUUGGAAGGUCUACAGGUAAAAGAAAUCUGAAAUUUAGCUGUAGAAUAAACUUGCUAAGUAAAAAUAAGCUAAACACAACAUACUUGAUGAACACUUGAAGGAAACAAUCUCCAGUUGGUUUGCUCUUUGCUUGUUGAAGUAACAAACCAUUUAGAAGAGGAAGUAUCUGCUAUAAUCCCCAGUGCCUUGAACUCUUUUGGAGGAACAGCAUUAAAAAAAAUCCAACAAGCAAACUUUGAGGUGCUAAUGAAAGAGAAGGAAGGAGUUUCUAGUUCGUGCAGAAACAGAAAAAGUUAACUGUCUCACAAGAGAUGGCUUCAUCUACCUAAACGGGGUCUGGCUGCUUUCUACCAAAGACAUUUAGAGAAGCGAGUUGAGUCAGGGUGAUGGUGAAUACUACAUAUUUAAAAGAUGGCCAAGUUCCGAAGUGAAUGCUGAUCACAGAUGGCUAUUAAUAGCAAGCUCAUAAUUGAAGCCUCAACCUCUUCUUACGCAGAACAUGCUUGUGGCACUUAAAAAAAAAAACCUGCAUUUUGGAAACUGUCCAUUGUUUAAGUUUAUUAUAACCUAAUGCCAAAAACUGCCAUUUUUCAUGAUUACCACCUCCUAUAUUUUUCUCUCUACUUGUAAAUAAUUCCUCCUAGAAAAUAAGCAUUAACUGGAAUGUUUCAAGUGAUUCUGCUUAAUUUUAUUAUCAGCCACUAGUGAACUCCUUUUAUAGAAAUGUACAUUUAAAAUAUUAGCUUGUGCUGAAUGUCGUAAAAACAUUGUUUACCGUUUAAAAGAAAAAUUGCACAUUAUAUUUAACUGGGAUUGCUCCCCCUCUUCCCGUUCCUUUAAAAAAUGGAGUCAAGGCUCACACUGACAUCUAGGCUGUGGGAGCUUUGCCAUGAAUAGAUACAAUGUAGGAAUAUACUUUUUUAAAGCAUGAAAAAGGCAAAAGGAACUGCAUUGCAAGUACUGGACAGAGGACAUCACUCAGAUGAUUGUGCACAGCUCGGUCAAGAUGAAGUUGGCUUUUCUUUCAGCUUUGUUGCUGUUAUUUUCUUCUGCUUAAAUGUACGCUCUCAUUUCAUUAUGUGCCUUGCUCCCUGAUUGUGCGGACCUAUAUAUAGAUAUAUAUAUGAGAGAUAUAUUCAGUACUACUGAUGUUUUGUUCUACUGCUGGAUUAAGUUAUUUUCUAAGUUACUCUUGCCAGUUAACUAAACUUGUUAGUAAACUAUUGUAAUGGCUUAGGACAGUAGUCAUACAGUCUGUGUAAUUCUUCAGCUGCGUGUUUUCAUUAUGUCAGCUUAUCCAAUCCUUAAUAAAAAGAAUACAUAGAUUUCAUUUAA